AUGGGCAGGUCUGUCAGGAAAGCCGACUUUCUAUCCUUGGAUGAGAUGCACCCUUACGGUGUCCUUCCUGGUGGGAAUCGGUUCUUCGGUGCUUCGAAUAUUCGAUCAGAGGAAGUUUUCGCAGAUACCAUAUGGCAGCAGAUUUUAUCAUUUUUUGAUGCCAAAAUGUUGGGCAGCAUAGUACAAUCAUCACAUUACUUCUAUGUCGCUGGUCACCAGCCAGAACUUUGGCGCGAUCUGGUUCUACGACAGUGUUUCAAGGAAAAGAAAACGAUACGAGCAGUUCGACCGUCAUGGAGAGAUACCUACUUGGCUCUGUUUGUGAAAGACUCUGGAAAGGACCAUUCACCGAUACCAGUAUCGGGCGUGUAUUCUGAUGAAUACUAUCGGACACACUUGUGUCGAUCAUUUGCAAUUCCAUCGGCGUGGUGUAAUGAUUCAGAAUCUUCGUCGCCUAGCUCUCCGAAUGAAGUGCCACGAGUUGCAGUCGAAGAUAUAUCACCUGAGCAGUUCUUUGAGGAGUACGAAAUGAAGAAUAUGCCUGUUAUUAUCGAAGGUGCUGCAAAAGGAAUGGCUCUGAACAAAUGGCGCAAGUCUGAUUAUCUCCAACAGAAUGUCGACGAAUCUACGACCUUUCGAGCCACCAGUGGAGCAGCACCUCUGCCAGCUACAUUUGAACUGAAAGCGUACGAGGAAUACGGAAAAUUUUCGUAUUUGGAAGAAUCCCCGCUUUAUCUUUUCGAUCGAACUGCCUUUGCUUCCAAUAACCAGUGGUCAAACGACUUUUUCCCAGAAUUCUACGAGAAAUGCCCGUUUUGGGAUCCCGCUGCGAGCCAUGGUCAUGAUUUGCUGCAGCAUUUGGGAGCAGAGAGGAGACCAGAUCAUACAUGGAUGAUCAUGGGACCCAAGCGAAGUGGAUCUGUCUUUCAUUUGGACCCAAACUGUACUCAUGCUUGGAAUGCUUGCAUCGAAGGGCGCAAGCGUUGGAUCUUUUAUCCACCUGGGGUCAACCCACCCGGUAUAUUUCCUUCAGAAGAUGGUGAUGAGGUUGCACUGCCUUUGUCUGUUGGCGAAUGGCUCAUGCAGUACUGGGAAGAGCACACGAAGCAAUAUCGCUCGAGGCCUCCACACGAGCGUCCAAUGGAGUGCACAGUAGGUCCAGGGGAUGUUAUUUUUGUACCACAUGGAUGGUGGCACAGUGUCAUCAAUCUAGAUGACCGCAAUAUUGCCAUCACCCACAACUACGUCAGUCCGAGUAACCUGGGCAACGUGCUGAAAUUCUUCACAGCCAAACAAGAUCAAAUUAGUGGUUGCCGAGACAGAAAAGAGAGUGUGAAACCCGAGCAUCUCUAUGACGAGCUCGUCAACGCACUCAAAGAGAAGGAACCGAAGCACCUAGAAAAGGCAUUAGAACAAAAGGAUUGGACCUGUCGCACUUGGAAAGACGAGCCAGCAAAAAGUGCGGAAACUCUUGAUUGUAACCAUAUUUCUGGCAAGCGAAAACACGAAGCCAUCACGUCCACUGCCGAACCCAAGAGUGUCAUGGCAAAAACAGAAAAGAUCGAAGCCUUCUCAUUUUCUUUCCUGUGA